UAGCCAAACGUCAACAAAAAUUCUGACAGACGAUGACCAUAUUUGUUUUUUGUUUUUAAGGCUUUAAUUAAGAGGCCACAGGUGCGGUUAAGAAAAUUGCAAGGACUUCAAGAUGCCCAGCUCGCCAGGAUUACAGCCGGGGGAGCAGUAUUCCUCUGUAACGGGCCUCAUCUACGUCUUUAACCUGAUCGUGGGGACGGGCUGCCUCACCCUCCCCGCCGCCUUCGCCGCCACGGGAUGGGCGCUGUCGACGGGAGGCAUCGUGUUGCUCGCCGUCGUCAGUUACAUGACGGCCACGUGGGUGGUGGAGAGCAUGGCCUGCGCCAACGCCAUCAACCACUGCCGACGCAUGAAGCAGCUCAAGAAGAGGGGCCAAGUAGCCGACGAACUAGUGAGCCGCACGCUAGAAAAUGCUGAAGCUGACCAGCGAUCGACCGACACCUCCGAAGACCAUGACGACCACGACGAAGAGCUUCCGCUUAUCACAGAUGGACUCAAAUUAAAGACGACAAGUAAUGUUUCCCUUGUAGGCAUUCUGGGGGGCGUCGGCUCCGCAUUUGCCUCAAGGUUGACUCCCGAAGGCUUUCUCGUCUCACAGAAGCCGCAAGGCAAUAUCGUGUCUCCGGAAGAGUAA